AUGACGGCCAUCGAGACUGCGAACAUGGCCGCACUUCCCAAAGACUUCGCAGCCAUUCCGCGGCUGGCACUAACUUUCUCGACACCUCUGUUGAUCGAGCCUCUAGAUCGCCUGACAUCACACCUUGGCCAGGGCGGUGAACCUUCGGCACGCGUGUUUGCAUGUCGCGAGGAUAUGAACAGCGGCCUAGGAGGCGGCGGUGGCAAUAAGCUGCGCAAGCUGGAGUACGUAUUGGCCGACGCAGUAGCGCAAACUCCCCGGCCAGAAUAUCUCGUCACCGAAGGUGGGAUCCAAAGCAACCAUGUUCGCCAGGUUGCGGCAGCAGCGGCGAAAUUGGGCUUUAAAUCCGUCUUGGUCAUCAACGAUCUCGUCCCUGAGAGAAGCCAUGCUUCGGAUCCCCAUCUUAGUAGAAGCUACAACGAGCAUGGAAAUGUGCAUUUAACGGAGCUCAUGUCUGCAGCGCGUGAAGAACACCCCGGGGUAACGGCCAAGGACCUCCUAGAUACGAAACGGGGAUAUUGGAUCCCGUCUGGCGCGUCAACACAUCCACUGGGGGGCCUGGGCUACGCCAAAUGGGCAUUUGACCUCGUGGCGAGGGAACGAGAAAUGGGUCUGUUCUUUGACUCGAUUGUUCUCUCAGUCAUGUCCGGAAGUACGCUUGGCGGCAUGGCCGCUGGCUUUGCGCUGGUAGACGAGCUUCAAAAACGAGCCGGCGGGAUGCCACGCCAACGGCGGUUGAUAGGCGUGGCAGCAGGCCCGAAGCCCAGGGAAGACUUUGUACAACUUGUUUCGGGGAUUGCAGAAACCACUGGUCGGAGGAUUGGGCUCGAAAAACAUAGCCUCACAGGUAACGCUUUCGAAAUCGAUUUGCGAUGGCAUGGCGAUGCGUAUGGCAGGCUAGAUGACACGACUAGGAGGUAUAUCAAGCUAGCGGCGAGCACUGAAGGACUAGUAGUUGAUCCCGUCUACUCCGGGAAGGCUUUCACCGGCGUUUGCAGAAUGGUAGAAGCAGGUGAGCUCCGGGGUAAUGUUUUGUUCGUGCAUACUGGCGGAGUGUUGAGUCUAAGCGCAUACCCUGACAUGAGAUGA